AGGAAGCAUCAUUUAACAUAAAAAACCAUCAUGGAAUCAGUCAUCAGUACUUCUUUAACUGAAGACAUACAUGUGUGAUGAGUCUAGACCUCUGGAGUUGCCUUACAGAAAAACUAAACCUCAGAUACAAAGUUAACUGGACUUAAUGGUAUGGAUUUUCUGAUGGAGGACUGAUUAUUUUACUACUUGGAAACACAACAAAUCAAAGCUGGUUUUGGCCGACUCUAUCCAAACUUAUGUGGGAUUUCAGCAGGAGCCUGGUUAACUUGUUUGGAACCACACAAACACAGAGUGGAUUAUGGGACAUCCGCAUAUGACAUCUGAGAUACAAAUGGAGGUUGUAAAUGAAUAAUGGCUGACAAGACUGGUCCCAUGAUAGCCUCUGUGCCAAAUCACUCAGUGACUAACCUCACCACGGCCCCAUGGGAGCUCAAUCCUACUGUUCCUGCCGAGGUGGGCGUUGUCACAAGCUCCCAGUCACAAAUCAAAGACCUCUUCGGGUUGUUCUGCAUGGUAACCCUUAACCUCAUUGCUUUGUUGGCCAACACUGGUGUGAUGGUAGCUAUUGCGCGUGCUCCUCAUCUGAAGAGGUUUGCUUUUGUGUGUCACCUUUGUGCAGUGGACCUGCUGUGUGCCAUCCUCCUCAUGCCUCUUGGGAUCAUAUCCAGCUCAGCGUUCUUUGGCACCGUGGUGUUUACUGUCCUGGAGUGUCAGGUUUACAUCUUUCUUAAUGUUUUCCUCAUCUGUCUAUCCAUUCUCACCGUCACAGCCAUCAGUGUGGAGCGUUACUUCUAUAUCGUACACCCCAUGCGUUAUGAAGUCAAGAUGACCAUCAACCUUGCCAUAGGGGUCAUGAUCCUAAUCUGGGUUAAAUCAGUCCUCUUGGCUAUGGUCCCGCUGUUUGGUUGGCCGGCUUAUGGACAUCAGAGCUCUAUUGCUGCGGCUCAUUGCUCCCUCCACGCCAGCCACAGUCGUGUCAGAGGUGUAUUUGCUGUGCUCUUCAGUGUGGUGUGUUUCCUGGUUCCUACAGUGGUUAUUUUUGCUGUUUACGGUGCCGUGUACAAGGUAGCUCGUUCUGCAGCCCUGCAGCAAGUCCCUGCUGUGACAACGUGGGCAAAUGCGAGCCCUGCUAAGAGUCGCUCGGACUCCAUCAACAGCCAGACCACCAUGAUCACCACCACCCGCACUCUGCCCCAAAGACUAUCUCCAGAGAGGGCCUUCAGUGGAGGAAAAGCAGCCCUUACUUUGGCAUUCAUAGUGGGUCAGUUCUUUGUUUGUUGGUUGCCCUUCUUCAUCUUCCACCUGCAAAUGUCUCUGACUGGCUCCAUGCACAGCCCCGGGGACUUAGAGGAGGCGGUCACCUGGCUGGCCUACUCCUCCUUUGCCGUCAACCCGUUCUUCUACGGCCUGUUGAACAGGCAGAUCAGAGAGGAGCUGAUAAAGUUUCGCCGCUGCUGCUUGACCCAGCCGGCGGAGUUUGGGACAUCCAGCCACGAGGGCUCCCUUCAGGAGAACUUCCUCCAGUUCAUCCAGAGAACCACCAGCACGACUGAAACCACAUCGAGCUGUGCUAACUCCCGGCCCAGGAACACUUCAGACCAGGGGGUAAAGAUCCCGGGACAAAUACCUGAGGAGCACGCUUAAAUGUUGACCAACAUGAGUUAUGGACCACAGUGCUAACAUAUUAGCCAUGUCAGUUUUUUAUGUUAGCAGGCCGGAUAGGUUCACUUUUGAAGUCUGUCUUAAAAACAAUACUGGCAUGCUCUUAUGUACAUUAAAAACAUUUCUGGUCACUGUAAUCAUUCCUCUUGCCUAUGCUGGCCACAAAACACAUCCCUUCUUUCAGUGUAGAUGAAGGAGGAAAAAAUCCAUGUUCAUUGUUCUGUGAAAAAAAAAUCUCCACUUGAUUUGGAUAAUUCGGUCUCCUGAGAACUAAUAUUAUAUUAAGCUGGAUUUGGAGAGGUGUGUUGCAUGGAACAAUAAUUUUUGGAUUUUGUUACACAACACUGACAAUAAAACUGCUUUAAAAGAGAUUUCUUUGUGGCCUGUAUGGACCAUAGACCGUAAUAAAUAAGUUGACAUAUGUCACUCAUUGUUUUGUGAACUACUGUAGCCUUAAGUUUGGCAUUUUGACCAGCGUGAUCUUGGAUAUUUGGAGCCAGAAGUGACAGGAGGGAGGUUACCAGGCCUGUGCAGCCUUGUUCAGCAUAGCAAAUGCUAAGUUGCCAGAUAUAGCUUCGUUAGCAAGUUGUAUCUGUAAUUCAUAUUAACUGUGAUGUAAUUUGAGAUAAGUUUGGCUAGUGAAAAAGGGUUUAAAGCAAACACUUUUGGGCAACCAAAGUGUUACAAUUAACUUUCAUGAACUGAAAACACACUGUGAAAGGAUGAAGCACUUGUGCUUUGGCUUCACUUUUCAGGCCCGAAAAGGUCGUCCACUUCUUUAAGAGAAGGUUAUAGACAGGUGGAGCAGCACUCCUUUGUAAUGCAUGUGUCAGUAAGGUUUAAAGAUAGACUUGAAAAAAUGUGACCCUAUCCUUUAAAUAUCCACUGCCUUUUAUUGUCUAAUUCAGGUAGGCUUUCUGAUUUUAGGUCAAGGUGCUAUGGCUGUACUGUAACAUGUAGUAUUGAAAUAGUGAUAAACAUUCCCCUGUGCAUAAAAUUCAUUAUUGUUCCAAAUGGGUUGAUGUUAAUGAUAUUUGUAAAAAUGGUUUUAUAUAUGUUUUUAAAGGCGAAAAAUCUGGAUUGUAACUACAAUAACAAGGUUAUGAUUGGAUGAUUAUUUACAUUUUUUAUUAUAUUUAAUUAGUGAUAAUUUGUAUUCCACUGUAUCCUUUUUUUCAUGCCAAUAACAACAUGAAUAUUCAAAUGCUUUA